GGUUGGGGCAGCCCUGAGUACGCGUGCGGGGCAGGUCGCGCUUGGGCCUGGCUGCUUCAGGAGCCACCCUGCCCGGCGCCGGGCGAGACUGUGCGCGCCCUCCUGGACCCUCCACUUUGGGGCUUUGCGGUGUAGCGGCGCGCCCCACUCCCUCACGUGUUCAGUCCCGAAUCACUUACGGGCCGCGGCAGCUCCAGGACGGCGGACGCCAGCGCUCUCGGAUCCCCAGGCCCCUCUGUGCUCAUCCCGGACCGCCCCGUGCCCGGGACCGCGGCUUCUCCCACGCGGGGCAGGCCGGGGUUGUGAGGGGGCAGCCCGCCUGCGGACUAGGCCGGGGGUGUGAGGAGGCGGCUCUGCCGGGGACAAGGCCGGGGGCGUGAGGGGCGGUUCUGCCGGGUUGGGGCGCGCGGGGCAGGUUGCGUGAAGAGGCGGAAAGUCCCACUCGCCCUCGGCUUCUGCCUGCCCGGCCGCCGGUGUCCCGUCCGCCGCUGCCCCGCACAGCCUGGCCCGACCCGCGGCGAUGGCCCAGCCCGGGGACCCGCGCCGCCUCUGCAGGCUGGUGCAGGAGGGCCGGCUGCGCGCCCUGAAGGAGGAGCUGCAGGCGGCGGGGGGCUGCCCGGGGCCGGCCGGGGAUACCCUCCUGCACUGCGCCGCGCGCCACGGCCAUCGGGACGUGCUGGCCUAUCUGGCCGAGGCCUGGGGCAUGGACAUCGAGGCCACCAACCGAGACUACAAGCGGCCUCUGCACGAGGCGGCCUCCAUGGGCCACCGAGACUGCGUGCGCUACCUGCUGGGCCGGGGGGCAGCGGUCGACUGCCUGAAGAAGGCCGACUGGACUCCUCUGAUGAUGGCCUGCACAAGGAAGAAUCUGGGGGUGAUCCAGGAGCUGGUGGAACAUGGCGCCAAUCCACUCCUGAAGAACAAAGAUGGCUGGAACAGUUUCCACAUUGCCAGUCGAGAAGGCGACCCUCUGAUCCUCCAGUACCUGCUCACUGUUUGCCCAGGUGCCUGGAAGACAGAGAGCAAAAUUAGAAGGACUCCUCUGCACACUGCAGGUACAGCCUACAGCUCUGCAGCAAUGCAUGGCCAUUUAGAGGCGGUCAAGGUGCUUCUUAAGAGGUGCCAAUAUGAACCAGACUACAGAGACAACUGUGGCGUCACCCCCUUGAUGGAUGCAAUCCAGUGUGGUCACAUCGACGUCGCUAGGCUGCUCCUCAGUGAACAUGGGGCUUGCCUUUCAGCAGAAGACAGCCUGGGUGCCCAGGCUCUGCACAGGGCAGCCGUCACAGGGCAGGACGAAGCCAUCCGAUUCUUGGUCUCUGAACUUGGCGUCGAUGUAGAUGUGAGAGCCACAUCAACCCACCUCACAGCACUUCAUUAUGCAGCUAAGAAAUAAUGUUAUUUGAAGCCAUAAAUACCCAUUGUAUGAAAUUCCUGGCUCUCUGUUUUUACACUGGAUUUCAGAAGUUAAGAACUCUUCAGCCAAGGCAAGAGAAUUGUAUUUACUAGGCUCUCUGGGGUGUAAAAUAUUGAAGAGAAGCAAACAUUUUCACUGGAAAAGUAGCUGUUUUAAAUGCUAGGAGAGUUUUGCAUAUUAUCCUUAACAUUAUCUAUUGGCUCUAUGCCUUUACUUAUUUUUUGGUUUUUUGUUUGUUUUUGUUUUUGUUUUGAGAUGGAGUCUUGCUCUGUUGCCCAGACUGGUUUACAGGUGUGUGCCACCAUGCCCAGCUAAUUUUUGUAUUCUUAGUAGAGACGGGGUUUCACCAUGUUGGCCAGGCUGGUCUCGAACUUUUGAGCUCAUGAUCCACCCACCUCGGCCUCCCAAAGUGCUAGGAUUACAGGCGUGAGCCGUCACGCCUGGCCUACUUGUUUUUCUAAUCAAUUACAUUCUCCUGCCUGAUGUUCUGCUUUCGAGCAGCUGGGUAGAUACACAUGAUGUGCUCUGUGUCCACAGGGUCCUCCCAUAGGAAGAGUGAACCUGGAACCUUAAUCGUAGUCUCAUCACAUAGUAGCAGACUAAUUGGCUAGACAAAGAGUGUGUAAAUUAUUUUAUAGGCUGGGCGCAGUGGCUCACUCCUGUAAUCCCAGCACUUUGGGAAGCCAAGGCGGGCAGAUCACGAGGUCAAGAGAUCGAGACCGGCCAGGCGCAGUGGCUCACGCCUGUAAUCCCAGCACUUUGGGAGGCUGAGGCAGGUGGAUCUUGAAGUCAGGAGAUCGAGACCAUCCUGGCUAACACGGUGAAACCCCGUCUCUACUAAAAAUACAAAAAAUUAGCCGGGCAUGGUGGCAGGUGCCUGUAGUCCCAGCUACUGGGGAGGCUGAGGCAGGAGAAUGGUGUGAACCCGGGAGGAGGAGCUUUCAGUGAGCUGAGAUUGCACCACUGCACUCCAGCCUGGGCGACAGAGUGAGACUCUGUCUGAAAAAAAAAAAAAGAGAGAUUGAGACCAUCCUGGCCAACAUGGUAAAACCCUGUCUCUACUAAAAAAUACAAAAAAAUUAGCUGGGCUUGGUGACACAUGCCGGUAGUCCCAGCUACUCAGGAGGCUGAGGCAGAAGGAGCGCUUGAACCCGGGAGGUGGAGGUUGCAGUGAGCCAAGAUCAUGCCACAGCACCCCAGCCAGGCAACAGAGUGAGACUACAUCUCAAAUAUAUAUAUAUUUUUUUAUAAAUAUUUUUAUUUUAUAAGAUAUUUAUAAUAAUAAUUCCUACUAACUGUAAUAGGAAUUCCCAUUUAUGAGAGGUUAUGAUGUUUUCUAGUUUAUCUGUGCCCUAAAGAUUUUAACAAAGAGUAUAUUUGCUUGGGAAAUUUUAGAGUUUUGGGUUCUGUAUAAAUCACAAGAUUUGUACUGCUCACAAUGAUGGAAACUAACUGCAUUGGGUCAGUAAUUUGGCCCACAGAGUUGAUCAUCUAUAUUCUAAUAAUUAAAUGUCACCAAAAUAUUUAUUUAAUGAUUUAUAUUAGAAUUGAGAAUGAUACAAUAUCUUGUUUUAGAUAUGAAAAUUUGGCCAGGCACGGUGGCUCACACCUGUAAUCCCAACACUUUGGGAGGCUGAGGCGGGAGGAUCCCUGGAGCCCAGGAGUUUGUGGUCAGUCUGGACAACAUAGUGAGACCUUGUCUCUACAAAAAAAAAAAAAAAGAAUAAAUUAGGGAAAAAAAGAUACGAAAAUUCACUUUUAGCAGUUGACUGUUUUAGAAAAAGUGCCUAAUAUAUGUUAGAGUCUAUGUUUAAAGUGUGAAAGGAAAAUAAAAACUUAAGACCCCCAACUCACUCUGCCAAAAGAAAAAAAAAUUAAGCUGAAAGCUGAGUCAUGGGAAAGCUGCCUUUCCUUUUGUUCCUAAGCAGAUAGCUACAGAUAAAGGGUUAAAUAUUUCCACAGGUAGCUACUUUAUAUUCAACUUCUCUUAUGUAAAGUGCCAAUUUACUGAGCAGAAAGAGAUAUUUAAUGUAUCAUUGCCUAUUCCCCCCACCUGUUCCUUUUAUCCUGCAACAUGGAUUCAGUAAUGUGACCAUACCCUCCUCCUUUUCACUCCAGCCCUCUUUUCCACUUUAAAUAUUGAAGCCCUCAAAUCAUCUUUGGAGUAAGACACAGACCUGUCUCUCGGGUAUGUCCUUAACCCUGGCAAAAUAAACUUCUAAAUUGAUUGAGACCUGUCUCAGAUACUUUUUGGUUUGCAAAAGGUUUUCUUUUAUCCUCAUCACAGUGAUAACAAAUUUGUUU